GUGAUGAAUGAAUAAAUGAAUGAAUGGCUCUCUGACGACUGGGGGGUGUGGAAAGGAAUGUCUUGUGUCAAUCGAAAAGAACGCUAGAGUGGAUACGUGCUCGCCGCAGCGUGGAAAUGUGAUGUCAAUCGUGAAUGCGCUUUGCCAUCGAUGACAAGGACGACAACGACGACGACGGCGGCGGCGGCAAUUGAGGCGGCAACGCAGGCAAUCAAAUCCUUGUCCGCGUCCUUAACACUCGUUCCUUUCAUGAGAGGAGGCGAGUGCUUGGACGCGGCGGCGGCGGCGGCGGCGGCGGUCGCCGCCGCCACUGCCGCCGCUGCCAUGGAUCGUGUGAUCGUGCCGCCAGAGCGCAUUCCAUCAACGGCGACGGCGACGGCGACGGCGACGCCAACGCCAACGCCACCUAGGGCGUAUCAAGUACCGCCUCCGCUUCCGCCGGCAGCGCCAGCCAUGGCGCCGGCGUACCAGGUACAGACAACCCCUGUACGGACAUAUCAGGCGGUACAAGCAACCCUGCCGGUAGCUCCGACGUACGAGAUCCCGCCGUUGGUCGGCGACUCGUCGUACCAGCUUCCUCCAGUCUCGACCUCAAGCUACCAGGUCCCGCCGACCCCGCUUGAGACUUUCGCAGGUCCCGAUCCCGGGGACUUUGAAUUGAUUGCCAAGCUGGCGGCCAUGUCCGUCUCCAUGGUCGUUGCAUUUUGGCAUACCCAGGUUUGUUCCAUCGCCAGCUGGUACACGGAGAUGUGUUCCAGGGCCUGCCUGGUCGGCCGCGAUGUCGCCACGUCGCACAUAUCGUCCUUGACUUGCAUGUGUCGUGAGCGGCUUAUGAACUUAGCGAGUAUGAUCCAGGUGAUGGGGAUGGCGGUAGAAGCAGAAGAACAGGAGGAGGAGGAGGAGGAGGAGGAGGAGGAGGAGGAGGAGAACGAGGAGGAGGAGAGGAAAAGUUCAGGGAGACGCAAGAGGAAGGCAAGGUGGGGGGUAAAACGUAGGGUGGGAGGGAAAGGGGAGAUAAGAAAUGCGAAGAAGUGUCGGGUUGAGGAGAAGAGAGGGGGAAAGAGAGAAGAAGAUGCACAGGUCAUUCGGAUCAGGGGYGGAUUGAAGAGAAGAACGGAUGAGGAGGAGGAGCUUAGACCAACGAGGAGACCUAAGAGAAGCAAACCUAAGAGGAGGAAGAAGCAGUUGAGGUCGCUGGAAGAAAGCCAAGUAGUGGUAGCAGUAGUACAGGAAGGCCAAGGGGUGACGUCGCCGGAGGAAAGGCAAAUAAUAGAACUGAUGGCCGCACGUGAAGGGCAGGCGGUCGUUGAGGACCAACGAGCAGUGCAACGGGUGGGGAGAGUUGUGUCGCAGAGGGAGGGGGUGGCAGCAGCAGCCGGCUACGUUGCCAUGCAACACUAUGUGGAGGUGCAGUUGGGAGGUGGCGGAUCGGUGAAGGCGACGAAGGGAGGAGAAGAAGAAGCGAGGGGAGUAGGAGGAACAGCGGAGAGAGACAUGUCGUCGUUCCGUUGGGAUGAGAGAAUGGAUGGCGAAGAAGCAAUCUUGGGUGGUAAAGAACUGGCAGGAAAGGGAGAAGGAGGAGCCGUCGGAGAGCAAAGAUCAGUGGACUGGGUUGAAUGCAGGGCGGCAGAAGGAAGACCGACUGAAGGGGAAGAAGUCGUGGUGGGAACUGGCGGACCUUUGGGAGGAGGAGGAGGAGGAGGAGGAGGAGGAGGAGGAGGAGGAACAGGAGUAGUAGUUAUGCAUGUCAUUGCUUCUGUGGAAGGCGAUGCAGAUGUCCAAGGUCAUGGAGGUGUGGGAGGCUACGACGUAGCGGGCGGUGCUGUAGCAGAGAGAAGACAAGCAGCAGCAGCAGCAGCAGCAGCAGCAAGAAGGGGUGAUAGAACAGUAAUGGGAAAUGCUGUUUCGAGGACGGCAGAGGGAGAAAUGGGAGAGGUAGGAGAGAUGGAAGGCAUUGUGUGUGAAGUCGAAGAAUGUGAAGCCAUGUCCGAUCAGGAAAUGGUGGGAAACAACGGGGCUGUGGAAAGUGUUGAGGCGGCGGACAAAGAGGGAGAUGUAGUAGACGAUGAAAGACUUGCAGGAGAGGGUGGUGGCGUUGGAGAUGUCAGAGACAGUAGAUUGUUACGGCAUGUAAUUGAGGGAGAGGAAGGAGGUGAUGGGGUGGGGAAAGGUUUCUUGAAGGUCGAAGACAGGCUUCCUCAGGGCCGGGAGGAGGGUAGGGAUGGUGGAUAGAGGUGGGAUGGAGAAGAGCGGGGGAGGGGUAAAAUGCAAAAGUGAUG